GUGAAAAAUAAAUUGCCAUUUUUGAGCUAAUACUACAGCAUUUUGUCCUUUUGGUCAAUGGCUUGCAAUAAUUCAUGGCAAAUGUGAAACAGAUUUUAACUAGAAAACUUGAAUUUUUAAUAGGGGUGGAAUUUAUUAUUAGAAAGUUUAUUAUUAGAAAACUACUUUUGCGAAUUACAUUCGAUGAGAUAAUUUCAAAAUAAACAGAUAGGUAGCUUUUAAGAUAAAAUUUUUUUCAAGUUGUCACAUUUUUUGUUCAAAAUUUUGACUCAUUUUGGCUUUUAAUAACCUUUGUAUAUAACAUGCAUAUUAUUUAGGAAAUUACCCUUUUUUAGACCUGGAAAAGCAUUACUGAUAAGUCGAGAAUGAGUUACAAGAACAAGGUUGAGGUUAUCAUAAAUAUCUCCAUUAUCUAAAAUAUGUCAUCAAAAAUCCCCAUUAUCCAAAUCACCAUUCAGGGAUCACCGACUUAUUAUUAUUCUGUGGUCAAAUGGAGAAUGAAAGAUAAAAUAAUUUAUGGAAACAAUUCUAAAUAUUUUAAGUUUUUGAUGUUUUUUCUGAAAAUAAUUGCAUAGGUAAGUCUUGUCUAUAAAAGAAAGGACUUCAAAUUAAAGCUAUCAUAUUCUCCAUUCUCCGUCAAUUGUUUCGCUCCUAUUUUGGCUAACUUCACUUGACAAUGAUUGUUCUUCAUCUGCUUCAAGUGCUUAUAUCAGCUGUUUCCUUUGCGGCUACAGUCGGAACAUUAUGUGGGUCGCUUCUGCUCGUUGGAUGUUCCAAAAAGAAGAAUACCAACGCUACUCUUCCUACGUAUGUAUUAGAAGUGAAAGAUUGGAAGGAAAAGAAAGAUCCAAAAGAAAGGAAGGAUCCAACAAGGAGUAAAGAAGAUAUUCUGAAAUUACCUCCACCACCAAAACCUGCCAAACCUACAGUUCCGCCAACGACUCCAGCCAAAGGCGCAGCUUCUCCACUAGACGGCAGCACUCCAGGAAAAAUUCCAUCAGCCCCUAAUAUGGAUGAGAAGAAUAGCCCUAGAAACCCCGGUAAAAGACAAAAGGGCAAGAAGAAGGCCAAACUUGCAUGGGACACGACGGAGAAUCUCAAACCACCGUCAUCUAUGCAAAGUGUUAAGAAGAAAAAGUCAAAAAAACAGCUCGGAGACCAAACGGUUAUGCGACGGGAUGUUCCAAAAUCAUUGGAAAGUGGAGAACAUGACGACUUGGAGAGUGCGAAGGUCAUGGAGGUUCCUACCGAUGAAUUGCUUCAGUCGGGUAAGGACCGCAAAGGAUCAAAGAAAGGAACUACAACGACUGGAGGAGAUUCUUUUCUUGAUAAACCACCUCCAUCUCUGCAGAGCAAAAUGGGUGAAUUCGACAAGAAAUUUAAACCUGGCGAAUUUGUUGUCAAGGCCGUACCAGAAGAAAUCAACUACAACAAUGUCAAAUACAAUGUCGAGCAGCAGGCAUCCGUUGAAUUGAUCAAUGAAAGUGAUGUUCCAGCUGCAAUCAAAAUCAAAAGUACCGAUGCAAAUAUAUACCGAGUGAUACCCGUCUUCCGAACAAUAGAGCCAGGAGGGAAAUCACUUGUGCAAAUAAUAAGAAUGCCUUCUGCACCCAAAUCUGACCUAAUCGAAGUUGUUGCUGCACCGAUGACUGAAGGGCCAUUGCCUGAUGGAGGAAUUCCUGCCAUCUUUAAGAUUGUUGACGUGAAGGAUCACAAAAUCAUCAAGAUUCCUGUUCAAUUGAUAUAG